ACUCUUUUGCUGAAUAAGUUAAUUACGGUGUGCGGUAAUUACGCCGAGCACCAGCAGCAGCACAUAACAAGGAAGUGGAGUAAACCACACUCUCGUCACAUUCACAAUCAACUUGGAAAACUAAUGGAGUCCUCUUCAUCAUUAACUGACUUUGAAAGUUCUGAGAUUUCUUUUGAUGAGCUUUCAUUGGACAAAGCUAUUCUUGUCAUCAAACAACAGCGUAAUGACAUAAAUAAUCUCAGAGAUACACUGGCAACGAACAAUGCUAAAAUGAAACAACACUGGGAUCGCAUAAAAGAGUGGAAAGAAAAUGUUAUAAAUGCCAGUGCACAUAACAAAACCUGUUUUGAAGAAUCACAGAAAACUAUCCAAGAAUUACAAAUGCGGAAUACUGAAUUAACAAAUGAGCUCAAAAGGGAAAGAUCUUCACAGGUACAUGAGGAUAAUAAAGAAACGCUGAGUACCAAUGAGAAUCACGAAAGUUUUUGCCUGCCAUCUGAAAUAGAAUCUCUAAGAAAUCAAAGUCUUCUUGAAAAAGAGAGAAACACCUCAGCAAUGUGUGAAAAUUUACAAGCUGAAAACAACAAACUAACUGAGGAGAACUUAAACUCUUAUCAAAAGUAUCAAACUCUUCUGGUGCAAACUAAACAGGAAUCUAGUUCUGAAGACCUAACAGAUCUAAGUUCCAAGUUGGAAAACUAUGGAUCAAAUACUGAUGAGACGUUCUCCAAUCUCAUAAACGAUAACAGUCAGCUUGGCAAUUAUUCAGAUGAUGCAUUUUAUAAGAGUAUGAUGAAUCAAUUAAGUAUUGAGCGGUUACUCGUGAAUGAUUUGAGGAUGCAGAAUAAUGAAUUAGAGAAAAAGAUUAAAACCAUGCAAGAUACUCUAGAUUCUAAAUUGGAACAAGAGAGAGUAAAAUAUUUGGAAAAUAUACAGAAUAUUCAAAAAAAACAUAAUGAAGAAAUUGAGAGAUUACAGUUAACUAUCCCAGAUUUGAAUAUUGUGAAGUCAAUGGCUGUUGAUCAAGAAGCACUGAAGCGCCAAGUGAUGAUCUUGCUUGAUGAAGCAAGAGAGAAUAAAGAAGAGACUGCAUCUUUGAGAGAAAUCCAAGCAAUUAAAACUGAACAAUGCCAGCGACUCGAUGAAGCCAAUGUUCGUCUUAGAAUGGAGAUGAAGACACGGCAGGAACAGGACACACAGCUAAUAAACACUCUCCAAUAUUGUAUACAAGAUUUUGACAAGAAGUUAAUAGCCGAACGAGAACAUGUAAACAUCAAACAGGAACAAAAUAAAAGAUUGCGGGAAGCCUUCCAACAGUUGCUUGAAGAUUAUAAAGGACUCUUGGAACUUAACAGCCAACUACAACCAAUGGUAGAAGAAAAGAAGGAACUGCAAGAACAGAUAGAUUUCCUUACUGCAAAAACAUAUGCAACUGAAGAAUCUUAUCAAGUACAAGAAGACAAAUAUAAUAAGAUAAGGAGUGAAAAGGAAGAGCUUUUAGCUGAGAAUGAACUCCUUAAGACCCAGGCUGAGGUAUUCAAAGCAGAUUUUGAUGCUGAAAGAGAAGGUAGUACAAGCCAAAAGCGUGAUAUAGAAAAAUUAAAGCAAACUAUGAAACAUCUUGAGCUUGCAAACAAACGGCUAGGAGCUGAGAACCAAGACUUAUUGUCUCGGAUAGAAAGGCACACUGAGCAACAAUUAUCUGAGAUGCGGCAGAGAUGCUCAACCAGUUUGAAACCUACAUCAAAAUGGAAACACAAUAAUGAAUAUGCUUCAACUUCUGGGAUGGAAGCAAUGCAACAUGAAUAUGUGGAACAGUACCAAUGCCCACAGUGUAACCAUGUCUUUCCAGAUGCAGAUUCUUUAAAUUUACAUUUUGAAGAACACAAGUAACAAAAAUUCGAAACCUGUGAUAGCUGUGAUAAAUAAAGAUGUAAUAUAUUCAUUUAUUUGAAGCUGAUGAUUCACUCCAUUGCUUCUUAGAGUUUCUUGCUCUGUGCAAUCAUUCAAGUGACAAAAAGAUUCAUCUUUGCUUUGCAUUGAAGAUUAGAUGCAGUAAAAAAAACUCAAUAGCAGUGGAGUGAAUAUUCAGUUUUGAAUCGAUAAACUCUACUUUGUGUUUUAAGUACACUUUCUCAUAUUUUACAUCCUCACGUAUAGCUGAUGAUUUGGUCUGUUGUUAUUCUGAAUUUGUUACGUGUAUGACAAAGAGAUAAUUGCAUAUAUGAUAUCUGUAUUGCCUGAAUGCAGUAUGCACAAUCAAAUCAUCAGCUUCAAAUGAAUAAAUAAAUAUGAUUAUGUAUAUUAA